CCAAAAUUCCCUGUCGAUUGGUACAUGUAAUUCCGCCUCACACCGUACCGUGCGAUCUCAGAUUCUCGAGAUGGCGGCGGGAGUAGACGAGCAGCCGAGCCAAGAGGUGCGAGCCGACGGGAAACAUGAAGAGAGAGACGACGCUCCUGCUGCAUCGGGUCCUGCGCCGGCGGUGAUGCCAACGACGACAUUAGAGGCAGACGACGAAGGCGAUACUUUCGAGGAUGACGACUCGGCACUUGGAACGCUACGCGGAUCAAGCGACAGCGGAAGCCUCACGGAAUCCGUGACAGACUACCGGUUCGAGCACGGUCGAAGAUAUCAUUCCCCUCGAGCGGGUGACUACCAUUUGCCCAACGAUGAAACCGAGCAGGACCGGCUCGACUUCCAACAUCACAUCUUUCGGAUUGCGCUCGACGGUCGGGCGUUCUUCUCUCCGAUGCCGACGGAGAAGAUUCGAAAUGUCCUGGAUAUCGGUUGCGGGACGGGGGUAUGGUGUAUGGAAGUCGCAAGCCAGCUUCCCGAUGCCAAAGUAGAGGGCAUUGAUAUCAGUCCAAUUCAACCCGCCAUGGUGCCACCGAACUGUUACUUCUACGUAGACGACUGCAACGCGGACUGGGUGAGCGAGCAGCGGUACGACCUGAUUCAUACCGCCGCCUUGACUCUGGCAGUGACCGACUGGGCAAAGUUGAUUGAAAGAGUAUACGAAGCUCUGAGACCUGGAGGUUAUAUCGAGCUGCACGAGUAUCAUGGCCUGGUAGUCUGCAGAAACAAGCCCGACCCUCCCGAGCCAUAUCUCGUGCAAUUGAGCAAGUACAUCUCGGAGGCUAUGCACAAGAUGGGGCGGGACUUCAACGCGCCGCCUAUGUUGGGCGACAUGCUGCGAGCGGCGGGUUUCGUGGAUGUGGAGGUUGCGACUCAAGAAUGGCCGGUGGGCACUUGGCCGAAAGGCCGGAAAAACAAGACUAUUGGCGCUGCGCAGACCAAGAACAUGAAAGAAGCGGCCCGCAACUCCGUGGGUAUCUUCACUCGUGUACUGGGUUGGCAGCUGGAGGAGUUUCAAGUGUUUUCCGCCCGCGUGGCCCAGGAAGUGGAUUCGGGGGAGAUGCAAGCGCAGACCACGGUGUACUUCAUCCACGCUAGGAAGCCCGAGGAGGGCGAGGCGCACUGACGAUCAUAAGUUGUAUACGACUGCAAAGGGACGACAUGGAUUUUUCUCUCAUGGCGACAUAGGUAGGCUAUGAUUUGAGCGCUACGAAUGAUGACGGAUGUCACUUUUCCGAUCAGCCCCAUGUACCCUCACUCGGUGAUGACUAGACCCUGUGCCUGCAGACACCCCACACGUUGCUGGGGCUCAGAGGACGCUUACUCAGGAAACAAAAUUACCGCAUUGGGAAGCUGGGAUUACAAUGGCGCGCGAGGCUUAGACCCUGCUUCCCCUCUCCUUCCAUUCGGACAAAUCAAGGCCCGGAUAUAUAGAGAAGUAGUCCAGCUUGCCACAAUGAUUGAUCAAUUAAGUAUCGAAGGCUUGCAAU